UAUGAUUCAUUUGAAUGACUGGUGUGCGAGUUGCCUAUAUUGCUCAAACAAUUGUAGAAAGUUACAUUGAAGUUCUUUUUACCAAUAAAAAAUACCUCUCGUCAACAACAUCGUUUUGUGAGGAGUAUUUCAAUCUAGGUGUUUACAAAACUACGUUAAACGCAUAUUGCUCCGACCUUAGUCUUCAAUAGUGUAUAGCUUGAUCGAUGUCUAACAUAUUUGAAAGUAAUAAAGAUAUUACAACUGAAGAUGGAAGGCUGUUGUAUAAAUUUUUCAGCUUACUUUAUAUUUUUGGAGGAGCGGUUCCUUAUAUUCCACAAUAUUUAAAAAUUCGCAAAACACAAUCUAUUAAGGGUUUUUCCUCAUUUGUUUGUUUUAUACUUUUAAUAUCGAAUAUUCUAAGAAUAUUGUUUUGGUUUGUACAGCCAUUUUCAACCGCCUUACUUUUUCAAAGUUUCAUUAUGAUUGUUACUAUGCUUAUUCUAUUGAGAACUAUUACUCAGUUGUCUAGCAUAAAGCGUUCUCCGUCUAUGCCAUGUACAAUCAGUAUUAGGAAAGUAGAGACAGAGAGUUGGAGUAUCAAUCAGUUCCAAGAUGUCUGGCUUCGUAAUUUUUGGAAAUGGACACAUUUCUCCAACUAUUUAUUAUUCUUAUGUUUAUUUACACUAAUUUCCGGUCUGUGCACUUACUUAUUGUCAUCAAGUCAAAUUUAUAUUCAAUUAUUGGGCUUUACUGCCUUGUUUAUCGAAUCUAUGUUGGGUUUACCACAAUUCACAAAGAAUUUUAAUAAUAAAUCGAUUGUUGGAAUGAGAAUCAAUAUGAAUUGUGAUUGCUUUUGGCAUUUAUCGAACUAUCUUGCGAAGCUCUAUAAGUAUUGUGAAAUUCCCUUUGAAUGCAUAUAUAUAUACCGAUCAAUUAGAAUUUAAUAUAAUUGUAUAGAAUUCUAGAAAAAUACUGUUUAGCUAAUUAAAUCUUAAUCUAACUGUCCUGGUUUACGUACUUUUUUAUUUCACGACUCAUUCAUUAAAGUUUGCCUUUUAAGUUGCACUUUAUCGUUAUUGUUGAUUUUGUUUGGUUGCUUUUCACAUUAAGUAAAAAAAGAUUCUUUUGAAUGGUCUAAUUUUGUUUCAAUUUAUUUGUUCUAUUGAUUACAUUAGCAACUCGUUGAAUUUGAAUUGUGUGCAAUUUAAUUGAUUUUUAAUGCUGUCACAUUUAAAUGUAUGCGGAUUUAAUUAUUUGAAGGUAAUUUUCGUCACGGAGGCCUUGGAAAACAGUGUCACUUGUUUUAUCUGGGUUAAGGAUCCCCGAAUAACUCGUACAUAUGGUAUCGCACGACAUCUAAAAGAGAACUAUCGACACUGUGAUGUACACCGUAUCUUUGGCUGACUGAAUUAGAGUCCGAUGUCGAUAUUUCCGAAUUCAAUAGAUAUCUGAAAUAAUUAAGGUAAUAAGUAACUUGUUUGUCAGUAAACAUGUUGAGAUGCCUUAAUAAAGGUUACCGGUCCGGCUCAUGGUUAAAUACAGUUUUUUUCUUUGAAUUCAAUUAAUUUAAGUCAUUGUAUUGAUGAUGUUAGGAUAUGAAUAAAAUAAAUGAAAUUUAUGCAUUUUCAAAUGAAAAUUAGGACCAUGAUAAUGAAAGUGCAUCUACCAAAUGUUGGAUUAAUUCUAAAAACUUAAUAAUGUUAUUAUUUAUUUAUUUGAACACAUAAACAUUGGUGCAGGGAGGCGCUAAAUACACAUGCAUUACACAACAAUGAUGCUGUGAAGAGAUAGAGAGUGGAGGGUGAGUAAGGCAGUAAGACGAUAUCAUCCGCAUCUUCAAGGUCGAAAAGUCUUUCUCGAGGUAGCAGAUCCACAUCACCACUACUUCCAUCCAUCAGAGCUGUUUCCAGAACGUCAUCGAUGGCAAAGUUGGGGAGGAAUAUUAAGAUCGAGCAACCGUGCCUAAACAUGUUAAAUUAAUGUAAAACUUGCCUAUCUCUAUCAUCAUUAUCAGAUUUACAAAGUUGAAAUCUGGAAAGCUUUUAGUAGUCAGACUGUUGAUCAUGAUUUGAUUGAUAUACGUUAGUCUCAAGUAGGAUGGGUGAUUUAGUCUCAUAUCAUGUGUUGAGUUGUCGAAGGUUUCACUUUUUGAAAGUUAGAAACUUGUUCCACCAAAUCUUUAAAAGUAGAUUACUUUUCAUUUGUGACUGUCAACAAAUUGUCUUAAAUUUAACAAAUUCAAACUGAUAUUAUUAUCUUUCGUUUUUUGUCAUUCUCAGUAUUUCAAUGGUGUUA